UGAUGACACGGUUGACGAAAAAAAUGAUGACACAUAGUGACAUCUGCGGAUGUUUUCUGCGCAUAGCGUUGGCUUGUCGCAAUUUCAGUAAAUAAAAAUCGCCGAUUGAUUUGAAGAAAUUAGAGACGCUUCACCGGCAAAUCACAGCUGCAGUAGUCUGGUCUCAAGAAUGGAGGAUCAAAUUUUGGAUGAUCUGAGAAACGUAGGAUACGAAGGUCCCUUCUUGGAUCGCAACUAUGCUUCUACGGCAAUUACUGCCGGUGCUCAAAGUGCCGAGUUUCAAGAAAUGGUGAUUUGGCUAACCGAUGAAAUACGAGUAUUAGGAAAAUUGGACGAGAAAAUAUCGAAAAGCGAAGACGCCAGUACCUUUGUGCUGGAACUGUCAGGGUUCCUUAAGGAAUUGACUUGUCCAUAUGCGAAUCUCACCUCAGGGCAUGUGUCAGACCGUCUGCAAACAUACGACUCGAAAAUACUGCUGUUGGAGUAUCUGAGCAACGAGUUGAUGGCAUUCAAAAUGAUUGAGUCAUUCAAACCGAAGGAGAAGGCGAAUGUCAUUACGCUGUUUGAAUCCCCCACGGCAUCGGCAUUAAAAGAUAUAUCGAUUACUCUGGGUUUGGGCAAACCUCCGAACAAUAUUCCGGUGAAAGUAUUGUUCGAAAAAAUCAAUGCUCAUUUCGAUGAUAUCUUCCGAAUCGCUGGUGAAAAACGUCUGAGCACUCCAUUAUUUGUACCGAAAAAGAAUCUUUCCAUGGAGCAAUGGAAUAGAUUGGAUAGUUUACAGAAGGAUUUGGAUAUCGAAUACGAUUUGCGCCGGAGGAUGCUGCUCACUCGGUUGGAUGUCACGAUACAGAGUUUCAAGUGGUCCACACGUGUAAAAGGGAAAGACGGGCAGAUGAACGAGCGAUACGCGGAAAAACGAAAGCUGCUGGAUUCCCUGCAAACGGGCGGCAAGGAUACGGAUCUGGCUGCACUGCUCGGUGCUCGAGAAAUUAUGGCUAUCAUCGAGAAAACAAGUAGCGCCAGUGUUCGAAAGAACACCAAGAGUAAAAUUCAGCGCCACAUUAUUGGUCGGGUACCGGAUCGUGGUGGGCGGGCCUACGAGCAUAAACCUCCACCGCUGGAAAUGCCAUCAUGGCAAACGCAACGGAGCACCGGUGGUCCCGGCGGCGGUGGACAACGUGGAGGUUUCAGCGGUGGACGGGGUGGAUUUCAGAACCGUGGAGGUGGUGGAGGAGGAUUCCAACAACAGGGUGGUCAUCAGCAAUCCGGAGGUUAUCAGCAACAGCAACAACAGAGUGGCUAUAAUCAAGGCUCAGGAAGCUACAGCCAAGGAAAUCAAAGCGGUUACAAUCAGAGUGGCGGUAGCGGCAGUGGAAAUUACCAACAAAACCGUGGUGGUGGCGGUGGUGCAAGCCGUGUUCAAGGAGGAUGGUCACAACCACAAAAAGAUUAUAAUCAAUCUUAUAGCAGCAAUAAUAGCGGCGGUGGUUACGGCGGUGGUGGACGAGGUUACACGAACAGUGAUCAGCAUAGCAACAGUUCUGGCGGAUCCAGUAAUCGUGGAGGUGGUGGCGGAGGAGGUUACGGAGACCAACAAUACAAUAGAGGUGGUGGAAGUGGUGGCUACGAUAACAAUCGAGAUCGUGGAUACGAUAAUGAUUACAAUCGUGGAGGCGGUGGUGGUGGUCGUGGUGGAAGUGGCGGUGGUGGUGGUCGCUCCAAUUAUAACCGCGGCGGACGUCGCUAGACUAAAGUGGAAGCUUGAUAAUAUAUUUGAAAUUGAAAGGCAUUUUCAAAAAUUGUCCAAUCCUCUCGUACGGAAACACUUACUCUUGAAAUAGAGCAUUACAUUGUAUUGUAGUGAAGCGUGUAUGUAUGUAGGCUGUCAUUUGCCAACUCAAAAUAUUUAAAAUAAAUGAGCAGAAAUUUGCGAAAUACGCGUUAACACUA